GCCUUCCCAGGUCCCCUCCCGCGAACCGGAUGCUCUGUCAGUUCCUCCUCCGCGCUCCCGCGCGUAGUCCCCGCGAAGCCGCAAGCACCCACGAGGGAGGGCGCGGCAGGAGGCUCCGGGCGGCUGGUCUGGCCGGCGCGGCGCGGUAGGAGCUGGGCGCACACGGUUACCGCGCGUGGAGGAGACACUGCCCUGCGGCGAUGGGUGCCAGGGGCGCUCCUUCACGCCGGAGGCAGGCGGGGCGGCGGCUGCGGUACCUGCCCACCGGGAGCUUCCCCUUCCUCCUCCUCCUGCUGCUCCUGUGCAUCCAGCUCGGGGGAGGGCAGAAGAAAAAAGAGAAUCUGUUAGCCGAGAAGGUAGAACAGCUGAUGGAAUGGAGUUCCAGGCGCUCAAUCUUCCGAAUGAAUGGCGACAAAUUCCGCAAAUUCAUAAAGGCACCACCUCGAAACUAUUCUAUGAUUGUUAUGUUCACGGCUCUUCAGCCUCAGCGACAAUGCUCUGUGUGCAGGCAGGCUAAUGAAGAAUUUCAAAUACUGGCUAACUCCUGGCGCUAUUCAUCUGCCUUUUGUAACAAACUCUUCUUCAGCAUGGUGGACUAUGAUGAGGGGACAGACGUUUUUCAACAGCUCAACAUGAACUCUGCUCCUACAUUCAUGCAUUUUCCUCCAAAAGGCAGACCUAAGAGAGCUGAUACUUUUGACCUUCAAAGAAUCGGAUUUGCAGCUGAACAACUAGCAAAGUGGAUUGCUGACAGAACGGAUGUUCAUAUUCGCGUCUUCAGGCCACCCAACUACUCUGGCACCAUCGCUUUGGCCCUCUUAGUGUCACUUGUUGGUGGUUUGCUCUAUUUAAGAAGGAACAACUUGGAGUUCAUCUAUAACAAGACUGGUUGGGCCAUGGUAUCUUUGUGCAUAGUCUUUGCGAUGACUUCUGGCCAGAUGUGGAAUCAUAUCCGUGGACCUCCAUACGCUCACAAGAACCCGCACAAUGGACAAGUGAGCUACAUUCACGGAAGCAGCCAGGCUCAGUUCGUGGCAGAGUCGCACAUUAUUCUGGUACUAAAUGCUGCUAUCACCAUGGGGAUGGUUCUUCUAAAUGAAGCAGCAACAUCCAAAGGAGAUGUUGGAAAAAGACGGAUAAUUUGCCUAGUGGGGUUAGGCCUGGUGGUCUUCUUCUUCAGCUUUCUCCUGUCCAUAUUCCGUUCCAAGUACCACGGCUAUCCUUACAGCUUUUUAAUUAAAUGAAGCCAAGUGGGAUUUCCAUAAAGUGAAAGUGAAGAUAAAGUGUUCCUGACAUACUACUUUGAAUUCUUCAGUUCAUCUCCAUGUUAUUCUAGCUUAUCCUUGUGUAACGUUUUAAAUGUGAGAUCUAGUAAAUUUAAUUUAUAGAAAUGUGUGGUUUAAUUUAAUAUUAGCACUGGAAAGGACACAGGAAACAUUGAUGUGUUGCAAGCAUAUCGUAUUCGGUGCAUGCUACAGGAUUGAAAUAGGUGACAAGGUAUCAUUUCAUGCUUCAGAACUGUUCACUUUUCAGUCAAGAAAACCACAAUGUUAGCAAGAAGGGAAAACUACAAAAUGUGUUAAUAAAUUCCUGCGGCUGUACAGAUAGGGUAUAUGCAUGAAAAUGUCACGUUCUGAAAAAUUAUAUUUAUUGCGGUUUCAGUAUAAAGGACGUAUAUGGUUACACAUGGUGUUGUGUUCUAGUUAAUCGUAGAUAGAGGUGCUUAGGACAGGGAGCUGGACGAAUAGUACACACAACUUGGAUGCCAAACCUGGGAAGGAAGGUUCUUUCCAGAUCACAAGCCUAAAGCAAACGUGACCAAACCAGCACCACAGAACUAGGGAUUCUUUCCUCUCCACCUUUAGAAGUGUCAUCCGGGAGUCCAGACCAGAAGCCACAGGACUGCCCACCAAGGCCAUGUCCCCGUGUUGUAUGGAAGAGGCUGCCCUCAAAACCUCGUUCCCUGAAUUAUCCUAAUAUGAGUGUGUGACUCGGUGAAGCUUUUUUGAAAACCAAAUAUAGGAACCUGACCAUGAUUCUGUUUGCAUAUCCUGUUUCUGUGUAUACAGCACCCUGGUAUAUGUUAUGGUAUUUCUUUCUUCACAACAAUUCUGUAAAUUAGACAGGAAAUGUACAUUUUGUCUGACUUAUAGAAGUACUGAAAGCCAAAAAUUUAAAGUAAAGCUUGUAGCUACGCUUUUAAACUCUCAAACCUGAAUUUUUUAUUUAUGUGAUGCUAUCCAAAGACGGAUUUAGAAACAGUCCAAUAAACUUUUUGUUUUUUUCUCUUUA